AUGGACUCAGUUCAAGCUAAACAACUGUGUGUGAAUUGUACUAAAGGUGGAGGUAUAACAAUAUGUGUUGGAUGCCAGGGAUGCUUUUGCAAAAGUCAUUUUAUUGACCAUCGACACAGUCUUGAUGAUGAGAUGGAUCGUGUCAGCCAACAACAGGAUUAUCUCUAUAAAAGUUUAACUGAAAAUAAUGUUGUACAUCCACUUCUUUCUCACAUUGAUGACUGGGAACAGUCUUCGAUUAGAAAGAUUCAAGAAAUAGCAGAUAAAGCUAGAAGCGAUCUAUCACGAUUUAUGAAUGAGAUGAAAUCUCAAUUAAAACAAUCACUUCUCAAAAUAAAAAGUGAAAUAGAAUCAGGUCGUGAAGCAGACGAUUAUACCGAAUUAGAAUUAACGGAUUGGAUGGAACAACUAGAAAAACUUCGACGAAUUUUUGAAAAACCACCGGCUAUUGAAAUUGUUGAUGAUCAAUCACAACCACUCAUUCGUGUUAUUCAACGAAAAGGUUCGUAA